AUGGGAGUUUUUCUCCAUUUGUUCUUCACUUCUGUGGUGCUCUCCCACGGACAAGUUCUAUCCUGCCCAGAUGAUCAAUGCCGUAUACUGGCAUUUCCAUCCACUUUGUUCUUCGUGGGAGAACGUCUUGUUAACCAUACCAUAGCAAACAUCAGUGUGAUUGACAGGGACACGUGUGAAUAUCGUUGCUACUUGGACCACAACUGCGUCAGUGUUAACUUUUAUUUUGGAGAAAAAGGAGCAAAAUCACACAACUGUGAACUGAAUAACUCAACGCGUAAAGAGUAUGAAAAGAAUCUAGUGAAAGCAGCGAACUAUGUAUACCACGGAACUAAGAAUUUUUGCGCUCAAUCUCCAUGUGAGAACUACGGCACCUGCCAGUCGGGAUUUACAGGAAAACGAUAUCGAUGUUUAUGUGCGUCUGGAUUUACUGGUCACGACUGUGAAAAAGACAUCGAUGAGUGUGCUCUGAAUUCCCACAAGUGUAGCGAGAAUGCCAAUUGUACAAAUACUAAGGGAUCUUACAUCUGCUCUUGUAAUCCUGGAUUCAGCGGAAAUGGACUUGAAUGCGAAGACAUUGAUGAGUGCUUUGAAAAUACUCACAACUGUAGCAAAGGGAACGCAACCUGUACAAAUACCGAAGGAUCCUUCACUUGCUCUUGUAAUCCUGGAUUUACUGGGGAUGGAUACAACUGCACAGACAUUGAUGAGUGCUAUAAAAAUACUCACAACUGUAGCAAGAGGAACGCUACUUGUGCAAAUACCGCGGGAUCAUUCAUCUGCUCUUGUAAGCCUGGAUUCACCGGAGACGGGCAGAACUGCUUUCUGUUGCUAGCUGGAUUUGGAGCAGGUGGAAGAAGGGGACGCUUUGGCAGUAUACAGACGUUCACUGUUCCGCGGACCACCCGCUAUCUCAUCAAAGCCUGGGGAGCUCGGGGAGGAACACAUUCAUACAAUUAUGGAUACCUUCCAGGAACAUACAAUGGUGGAAAGGGAGCGUUUAUAGAAGGCAAGUUCAGACUGAAUAAUGGAACAGUGUUAAAUAUUGUGGUGGGACAAAGAGGAGGAGAUUCGGUGGAGGUUGAAGGCGGACAAAGUACAAGCCAGACCGCAGCUCAACUUCGAAACUCCGUGGAGGACGAUGCUGGCACUGGAGGAGGGGGAGGAAGUUUUGUUUACACUACAGAUAAUGUUCUGUUGCUGGCUGCCGGAGGAGGAGGGGGUGCGUUGGGUGGGUAUAAUGGUGUGGAUGGUCAGGCGGGAUCAAGUGGCACCAGUAGUGAGGGGAAAGAUUCGUCACAAGUUCGUAAUGGAGGUACAGAUGGGCAGCCAGGUGAAUGCAAUAGCGAGGGCGCCAGCUACCAUGGAGGAGUAGGUGCAGGUUGGUUUGGUCAAGGUUGUACCCGACUAGGCUCCUCCCAUGGGAAAAGAGGUGGAUCACGUGCUCAAGGCUGGAUCGGAGGUCAAGCCGGAAAUAUGAAUAGCGGUAAUAAUGGGGGCCCUGCACCAGGAGUAGUUGGUGGGUUUGGAGGCGGGGGAGGAGGUUCAGAAGAUAAUGGGGCAUCAGGCAGAGGUGAUGGAUACUCUGGGGGAGGCAGUGGUACUCAUAAGCACCAAGCCGGAGGUGGAGGGGGCUCGUACUGCAGUGGUGAAGACUGUUCAGGUUUGUCUGGUGGGAACAUAAAAGAUGACGGUGCUGUGCAAAUUAAUGAAUGGCUGGGCUGA